CCAUUUUGGUUUCUUUUUUUUCAUUUUUAUUGUUGAAACGGGAGUGUGUAUAUAUGUAUGUGUGUGUGUGUGUGUAUGAGAGUGUGUGAGAGAGAAAGUGAGAGAGAGAGAGGGGGUGAGGGGAACUGAAGUGGAGCUGCAGCUGAAGGCCUGAGUCAGGAAACAGCGACAGACAGGGACACAGCAAAGCCAUGGCCAACAUCGCAGUGCAGAGGAUCAAACGAGAGUUCAAAGAGGUCCUCAAGAGCGAGGAGACAAGCAAGAACCAAAUCAAGGUUGAUCUUGUAGAUGAGAACUUCACAGAAUUGAGGGGUGAAAUUGCAGGACCACCUGACACUCCAUAUGAAGGAGGAAGAUAUCAGCUAGAAAUUAAAAUUCCAGAAACGUAUCCAUUUAAUCCUCCAAAGGUUAGAUUUAUAACAAAAAUAUGGCAUCCGAAUAUAAGCUCAGUUACUGGUGCAAUUUGUCUGGAUAUUUUAAAAGAUCAAUGGGCUGCUGCCAUGACCUUAAGGACAGUGUUGUUAUCGUUACAAGCAUUGUUGGCAGCGGCAGAACCAGAUGAUCCUCAGGAUGCAGUGGUAGCAAAUCAGUAUAAGCAGAAUCCUGAAAUGUUUAAACAGACAGCUCGGCUCUGGUCACACGUCUACGCCGGUGCACCUGUUUCAAGUCCUGAAUACACCAGAAAAAUAGAUAAACUCUGUGCAAUGGGCUUUGAUAAAAAUGCAGUAAUAGUGGCUUUGUCUUCAAAAUCUUGGGACGUAGAGACAGCAACAGAAUUACUUCUGAGUAACUGAGGAAUUGUGCUGCCUGCUUUUGUAGGCUUGCUAGCCCCUUUCUUGAACAGCAUCAACUUUUUUUUCUCUUUUUUUCUUUUAGAAUGACACAUUGGUUCCCUUUUAAAAUGGCACUCUGUUACCUGAUAAUUGCUCUUUAGACGCUAUUCGAGACUGGAAAAAAUGCUCUGUAAAUAAAGCUAUUAAAGUCUGUGUAAAUUAAAAGGAAAGAAAACAAAUGGGGAAAUACUUUAAUUUUUUUCUUACUAAAUAUUGUAAAGAAUCAGUAUCAAUUUGAGCUGUGCUUAAUAUGAAUGAAACUGAAGCCUAUGGCUUACAUUUUGGGGAUGGGGUGGGCAGCAAUGUGACCAAUACUUGUGGGGGUAUUUCUUUUUUUGUUUUUUUUUUUAUGUAAAGUAUUGUGCUUUUAAAAAUGACAAAAUGUAUUGAAUGUGUCAUAGCUAUUACACCCCUUCUGUUGUGGUAGCUGAUGUCAUUGUGUUAUAAAGUGAACCGUUUAUCCUCUGAGGUAGCUCUGUGUGAGUGAUGAUUUUAAAGUGAAUCAUAGAGGGCCUGUAGAGAUCGGAUUGUUUUGAAAGUAGAACAAUUUUUUUGCAGCCUUUUAAAUAAACCGAGACAGUCAAAGCCGUUUUUUUUUUUUUUUUUUUUUGGCGAGUGUGUAUAGUAGACCUUAGAUCCCAGCAGCUGAGUUGCAAUGCCAAGCUCAAGGUAUCAUGGAAGAGUGCAGUCUCUUCAGUUUGCCUUGCUGCAUGGAAUCUGCUGUAGAGGUCAUAUCAUGAAAAGCGGCUGCAUAUUUGGUUUUCAGAUAUUUUGUAGGUUUUUGGUGUCUGCAUUAAAUCCUAUGCCAGAUACCACUGUACUCUCGUUAUUCAGGUUCUUUUGCUCAGCAGCCAUUUUGUGCUGAAUCAACACUAAGCUGAACCAAGCGACUUCUCCAGUGCUCAUAUCCUGUACAGGCUACAAGGUACACAUGAGCUGAGCUUCACAUCGGGCCGAUCAGUUUGCCAGGCCUUCCGGAAGUAGAAUGAUGGCAUAGAAAUAAUACCUCUAAUGCUUUAGAAAUUGACAUUUGAAAUUGGAGUAGAAGAUGAAAGUUUACUAGAACUACGGCUGAAAUUGGAAGUUUGGGAAAUCAGGUGAUGAUUUGUCUGUGUCUUUAGUUUGUGCAUGAUGUUUACUACCAGGUUGACAAUGUUGGUCAUUCUACUGUUUGAUCUUUGCUAUGACACAAUCAAGGAUUCAGUCGCCCCAGCUCUUCACCGUUUUUUCUGUUUGUCCUGGUAGAUCUCUGCUUGCUAGUGGUACUUCAGUCCAUGUUCUCAUAUACUACCCACCCCGACCCGGCCCUGCACUCUUGGGAGAUGCUGUCUACUAGUUGUACAUAUUAGAACUCAAGGGUUGGUUUGUUUGUUUUUUUUUUUGGCCUCACUGGUGUCAAAAUAGCAAAUAGUCCUGAGCAGUCAGAAUUGGCACCCAUUUUCUUUUAUUGUACAUACAGCCAUGUGGUGCUUUCAAAUUAAAGGACAGAGUGUGUACCGUUACUUGCAUAAAUUAUUUUUUUUGUUUGUUUUUCAAAAUAUCUUUUUUUUGCACUUGGAUGCAGUGUAAUUAUAAUUGCACAGACUCAUUUUCACAGCCUAAACAAGGCAAUCCUGCUGCUUGAAGGAGCAGCUUGGAGGGGGGGGGGGGGGGGGGAGUAACUUAUGUAUUAAUGGUUAUUAUUUUUUUUUGGUUUUAAUCUUCAAGGCAUUUUUACUGUGUGUUGGAAUUGUAAUACACUUUAGGUCUGUCACCAUUUGACAGACAUAACCUUCCUUAACACUCCUGGACUGCUUUCUAGUGUGUACAAGGAGGACUUACUAUUAUAAGCAAAAAAAAAACAAAACUGACUGGAUGUUCUUUACUUUCUAUUCCAAAUGUCAUCUUGAGGCUCAUCGUGGAGAGGUGGUUUCAUUAAAAAUAGCAUUCUUGUUGUUGUAUGAAGAAUCUUCCAUGAUGUUGACUGUUCCACAAAUCACUUGUUGCUGCUUGGGGGAAGCUGUCUUCAAAGACAGUGAUUUCACGUAGAAAAUGGUCACCAAAUGGCACCCGAGAAGAAGCCCUUCCAUAUUCAAGAUGUGAACCUUCCAAAUUCUCUAGUAGAAUUACUGUUUACUGGUAAUACUUUAUUUUUUUUUUCCUUUGUGUGCCUCCAUAACUGUCCACCUAUUAUAAAAAGCAUGGCUUAACUGUUGGAAAAAUAAAAUUUUAGGUAUUUUAAAAUUUAAUUUGUAUGUUCUAUGUAUCAAUUUGAUGAUUUAAUCAUUACAUCAUACUGUAACAGUGCCUGUGGAACAGCAUUCAGCUCUGUGCCAGGAUUCUGAAAUUCACAUUUUUCAAAUCAUAAAUUUUAUUUGGUGAGAA